GCUAUUUAAGGCCGAUCGCCGGGGUGUGCCUGGCAGCAGCCGGACCAUGGAGCGGAUGGAGGUGACAGAGACCUUCGCCGGCAUCUCCCUGCCCGGCCACCUCCACACCCAGGAGUCCCUUGGCUUUGCCGCCACCUUUGCCUUCCGCCCCACCGACGUGGUCAUCGCCACCUACCCCAAAUCGGGCACCACCUGGAUGCAGGAGAUCCUGACGCUGCUGUUCAGCCACGGGGACGUCCUGCCGGCCAAGACCAUUCCCAACUGGGAGCGGGCGCCCUGGCUGGAGCAGAUCUACUGCAGGGAUGCGCUGCAGGAUACGGCUGCUCGCCGGCUCAUCACCACCCACCUGCCUGCCCACGUCCUGGCCCCUGCCCUGCAGCAGAGCAAGGCCAAGGUGAUCUACGUGGCCAGGAACCCCAAGGACGUCGUCGUCUCCUUCUACCACUUCCACCGCCUGGCCAAGUUCCUCCCCAACCCGGACUCCUUUGACACCUUCUUCACGCAAUUCCUUGAGGGCACAGUGCACUACGGCUCCUGGUUUGAGCAUGUCAAGGGCUGGGUGAGCCAGCGGCACCUCCUGGACAUCUUCUAUGUCACCUACGAGGAGCUGCACGAGGACCUGUGCGGCACGGCGCAGCGGCUCGGCGCCUUCCUGGGCUGCCCGCUGGGACCGGAGACACUGGGAGCCCUGGAGCAGCACUGCAGCUUCGCCACCAUGCGGGACAACACCAUGGCCAACUACACCCUCAUCCCCCCCGAGAUCAUGGACCACAGCCAGGGAUGCUUCAUGAGGAAAGGCGUGGUGGGGGACUGGCGCGACCACUUCUCCCCCCUGCAAAACGCCCUCUUCAACCGCAUCUACCAGGAGGAGAUGGGCGGCUUGGAGCUGCCCAUGCACUGGCCCAUGGCCUGAGGGGCUGGGGGGGCCAGGGGGGCUGGUGGCACAGGGCCCUGCCACUGCACAAAAUAACUGGGCCCCCCACUGCCUGCUGAGCCCCGCUGCGGAGGGGCAUCCUGCAUGGGGAGCCCCCCCAGCACCCCCCAUAACUUAUACAUCCCCAUGCAUCGCCCUGGGUGCCGGGGCUGCAGCGGGGCUGGGGGUCUGGUGGCGGGGCGGACCGACUGACAUCCCCCCGGGGAUGUGGGACUUUUCUGGCAGCACCCUGUGGCCAUCCCCAUGGCCUUCUGUGCUCUGGGGUGGGUGCGCGUGGCCGUGACCCCCCCGCUUCCGCCCAGCCCACCCUGCGGAAAUAAAUAUUUAUUGCCAUUUCCAGCCA